AUGCAUAGUAGGAAGCCUAGCACUAAACAUUUAAUUCUAAAUAUGGAGGAAGAAGAUGACCUCCUUCAAGAAAAUGAAAACGUUUGCCUUUUAUAAGGCAGCGAGAUUCAAUGUUCAACUUCAAGGCUAGAGUAGAGACAAGAUGCAAUCAUUAGAGAGCUGGAGUAUGAGAUCAAGGAACUUCGUGCUAUUAAUGAAGGAGUUAGAGACUAAGUGAGAACCAGAGAUCACGAAAUCGCAAGAUUAUAAAUUGAAAAAUAAUAAAUGCUAGAAGAAAAGUAAUUGCUGAAAGACUAGAUCACCCUCAUAUCUAAUAAAGCCAAAGAAUCAAUGAAUUUUGCUGCCAAUAUGGCUAUGGUGAGUGAAUCCUUGCAAGCAAAACUAGCUGAGAGAACCUAAAAAGAGCAAUUGACCUUUCAAGAAUUUGAUAAGCUUAUAAAUCAAUACUAGAAAGCAACAGAAUACAUAGUAGACGCCAGAAUUCAAGUGGAAAGUUUAAACAUUUAAGUAAAAAGCCUAGAAAAUUAAUUAACCGAGGAACAGGAUAAGAAUUUGAUCUUAACAAUAGAAAUUAACAGACUAAUAGCAGAUAGGAAUAAUAAUAAAAAGAAAGAUGAGGAGAUAGAGUCCUUCAAAAGGGAAGUUACAAGUCUAAAUGUGGAGUUAAGUCUGGCCAAGCAUUAGUGUAACAACCUUAAGAGCAAGACUCAGGACUAGGAGGAUAGAAUGAAGCAACAGUAAAUGUACUACACCAAUUUGCUUGAACAUCAUGAAAUAACUAAUCUUCAGUAAUAGAACCAAGUUUAAUAGCUUUAAUAAUAAUAAUAGCAGCAUUAACAGUAGUAAGACACUCAAAGUAGUAGAAAUCCUAACAAUCUUUCAAGAAAUAUAAUGCUAUCCGGAAACUUAGUCACUGAAUCCUUCGGUUCAACCACUUUCCAUGAUGAGAUCUUUGUAUGA